UCACUAACUUUGUCUUAUUGUUGAAUAGGUUUAAGUGGAAACCCAGCAGAUAUAGAAAGGAGAGAAGCAGUUUUUGGGAAGAACUUUAUACCUCCUAAAAAGCCAAAAACAUUUCUUCAGUUAGUGUGGGAAGCACUACAGGACGUUACACUAAUUAUAUUAGAAAUUGCAGCUGUAGUAUCCUUGGGCCUUUCUUUUUACCAGCCUCCAGGAGGAAACGAAUCACUAUGUGGAUCAGUAAAUGUUGGUGAAGAAGAGGAUGAAUCUGAAGCAGGUUGGAUUGAAGGAGCAGCAAUCCUCCUAUCUGUAGUUUGUGUGGUAUUAGUAACAGCUUUCAAUGACUGGAGUAAAGAGAAACAAUUUCGGGGAUUGCAGAGCCGUAUUGAACAAGAACAGAAAUUCACAGUCAUCAGAGGUGGCCAAGUCAUCCAAAUACCAGUAGCUGACAUAAUAGUUGGAGAUAUUGCACAAGUGAAAUAUGGUGAUCUUUUACCCGCUGAUGGUGUACUCAUUCAAGGAAAUGACCUCAAAAUUGAUGAAAGCUCACUGACUGGAGAAUCUGAUCAUGUUAAGAAAUCUCUCGACCGAGACCCUAUGCUGCUGUCAGGUACACAUGUGAUGGAAGGCUCUGGAAGAAUGGUGGUUACUGCUGUAGGUGUGAACUCUCAGACUGGAAUCAUCUUUACCUUACUUGGAGCUGGAGGAGAUGAAGAGGAGAAGGAGAAGGAAAAAGAGAAGAAGGACAAGAAAAGUAAAAAGCAAGAUGGAGCUGUUGAAAACCGUAACAAAGCUAAAGCUCAGGAUGGUGCAGCCAUGGAAAUGCAACCACUGAAGAGUGAGGAUGGUGGGGAUGGAGAUGAGAAAGACAAGAAGAGAGCAAAUUUGCCCAAGAAAGAAAAGUCGGUUCUUCAAGGCAAACUUACAAAGCUCGCAGUUCAGAUUGGCAAAGCAGGUUUGUUGAUGUCUGCAAUCACAGUCAUUAUCCUUGUGUUAUAUUUUGUAAUUGAUACCUUCUGGAUUCAGAAGAGACCUUGGCUUGCUGAAUGUACACCAAUUUAUAUUCAGUAUUUUGUGAAGUUCUUCAUUAUUGGAGUUACAGUCUUGGUGGUGGCAGUACCAGAAGGUCUUCCGCUUGCAGUCACUAUAUCUCUGGCUUACUCUGUUAAGAAAAUGAUGAAAGAUAAUAACUUGGUGAGACAUCUGGAUGCAUGUGAAACAAUGGGCAAUGCAACGGCUAUUUGCUCAGAUAAAACGGGAACAUUGACGAUGAACAGAAUGACAGUGGUCCAAGCCUACAUCAAUGAAAAACAUUAUAAAAAAAUUCCAGAACCAGAAGCUAUUCCAGAGAAAACUAUGGCUUACCUUGUGACAGGAAUUUCUGUUAAUUGUGCUUAUACUUCAAAAAUACUGCCUCCUGAAAAAGAAGGUGGCCUACCACGUCAUGUUGGAAAUAAAACUGAAUGUGCCUUGCUGGGAUUGCUCUUGGAUUUAAAACGUGAUUAUCAGGACGUAAGAAAUGAAAUACCAGAGGAGGAUUUGUACAAAGUGUACACCUUCAACUCUGUUAGAAAAUCUAUGAGUACUGUGUUAAAAAACUCUGAUGGCAGUUUCCGGAUAUUCAGUAAAGGUGCCUCUGAGAUAGUUCUUAAAAAGUGCUUCAAAAUACUGAGUGCUAAUGGAGAACCAAAGGUAUUUAGACCUAGGGACCGCGAUGAUAUCGUGAAAACGGUAAUUGAGCCAAUGGCUUCUGAAGGGCUCAGAACCAUCUGCCUGGCGUUCAGAGACUUCCCAGCAGGGGAACCUGAGCCAGAAUGGGACAAUGAAAAUGAUAUUGUUACUGGUCUGACGUGCAUUGCUGUUGUUGGGAUUGAAGAUCCUGUGAGACCUGAGGUACCUGAUGCAAUAAAAAAGUGUCAACGUGCAGGCAUAACUGUACGUAUGGUCACUGGCGAUAACAUUAACACUGCUCGUGCUAUUGCAUUAAAAUGCGGUAUUCUGAAUCCUGGUGAAGACUUCCUGUGUUUAGAGGGAAAAGACUUUAACAGGAGAAUACGCAAUGAAAAAGGAGAGAUAGAGCAAGAGCGAAUAGAUAAAAUUUGGCCAAAGCUUCGUGUUCUUGCAAGAUCUUCUCCCACUGACAAACACACUCUAGUAAAAGGCAUAAUUGACAGCACUGUCUUUGAACAGAGGCAAGUUGUAGCAGUAACUGGUGAUGGUACCAAUGACGGUCCUGCUCUGAAGAAGGCAGAUGUUGGAUUUGCUAUGGGUAUUGCUGGAACCGACGUAGCUAAAGAAGCUUCUGAUAUUAUCCUUACAGACGACAACUUCACAAGUAUUGUUAAAGCAGUUAUGUGGGGACGAAAUGUGUAUGACAGCAUCUCCAAAUUUCUUCAGUUCCAGCUUACUGUCAAUGUAGUAGCAGUAAUUGUUGCUUUUACAGGAGCAUGCAUAACACAAGAUUCUCCGCUUAAAGCUGUGCAGAUGCUGUGGGUAAAUCUCAUAAUGGACACAUUAGCUUCUCUCGCCCUGGCAACAGAACCACCCACUGAAGCUCUUCUGUUACGAAAGCCUUAUGGUAGAAACAAACCUUUGAUUUCUCGUACAAUGAUGAAGAACAUCUUGGGUCAUGCAUUCUACCAACUCGUAGUGGUCUUUACGCUCCUGUUUGCUGGUGAGAGAAUUUUUGAUAUCGAUAGUGGAAGAAAUGCACCUCUGCAUGCUCCUCCUUCAGAGCAUUAUACUAUUGUAUUUAACACAUUUGUGAUGAUGCAGCUUUUUAAUGAAAUUAAUGCCCGAAAAAUUCACGGUGAAAGAAACGUUUUUGAAGGAAUCUUUAACAACGCUAUCUUCUGUUCUAUUGUUCUGGGGACAUUUGUUGUGCAGAUAAUUAUUGUGCAGUUUGGUGGGAAACCUUUCAGUUGCUCCGAACUCUCGAUUGAACAGUGGCUGUGGUCCAUUUUCCUGGGCAUGGGAACACUACUCUGGGGCCAGCUGAUUUCAACAAUUCCAACCAGCCGACUGAAAUUCCUUAAAGAAGCUGGUCAUGGAACACAGAAGGAAGAGAUUCCUGAAGAAGAACUAGCAGAAGAUGUAGAGGAGAUCGAUCAUGCUGAGAGAGAAUUACGUCGUGGUCAGAUCUUGUGGUUUAGGGGCCUAAACAGGAUACAAACUCAGAUGGAUGUAGUGAAUGCUUUCCAGAGUGGAAGUACCAUUCAGGGGGCUCUAAGGCGGCAACCCUCCAUCGCCAGCCAGCACCAUGAUGUAACAAAUAUUUCUACCCCUACACAUGUAGUGUUUUCCUCUACUACUGCUUCUACUACUGUGGGGUAUCCGAGUGGUGAAUGCAUUUCGUAGCUCCUUGUACGAGGGGCUAGAGAAACCCGAGACACGAAGUUCAAUUCACAAUUUUAUGACGCAUCCUGAGUUUAGAAUAGAAGACUCCGAGCCUCAUAUUCCCCUUAUUGAUGAUACUGAUGCUGAAGAUGACGCUCCAACAAAACGCAACUCUACUCCCCCACCCUCUCCCAAUAAAAAUAACAAUGCGGUUGACAGUGGAAUUCACCUUACAACAGACAUGAACAAGUCUGCUACCUCUUCAUCCCCAGGGAGCCCGCUACAUAGUUUGGAAACAUCACUCUGAUUGUAAGCUGAAUGUUAACACACUAGCUGCAUUGUAAAGAAAUUGAAACUGGGUCUCUUCACACAUUAUGAUGGACAAGAUGAUAUUCUUGUCUCGGACUUCAACAGAAGACACACUUGUACGAAUGUAGAUUUAUUUUUUUAAAAAACAAAAAAGCUUUCUGCCAGACUGGAGGGUGCUUUUCUGGGGGUGGGAGUAAUAAUGAACUCUGACAGAUAAACAGUAACUCGGCAUAAGUGACCUGUGGAUCAUCUGUUGUACUUAAGAAUGGUCCUGAACGGUGUGUUAGCAGAGCUUUAGUUUAUCAUGAUCCUUUUCUGAGGGAAGGCUGGGAAGGGCAAGGAGGCCCUGGAUCAUUGAGUUGAUACUUUAAUUUCUGCUGUUGGCUGUUAAUAAUUUGGAUUAUUUAUGUUUAUAAAUGAUACAGAUCUGUUUACAAGGUUUGUAGAUACUUUUUUUGUUCCUGUUCAUAGAUGGGAAGCUUCCUUAUAAAUGAUGCAGAGAAAAAAAAAAACAACGAAAAAAAAACAAAAAAAAACUAGUCCUUCAAAUACUGCUGUAUUUUCAGGAAAAGGGUGUUUCUAUUGAAACUGUACUAAAUUUUGCCUGCAAUUUACCUUGUUAAAUAUUGUAGAUAAAUUGCUAAUACUAAUAGCCAAAUAGAUAACACUAAUGCUUUGUAAAAACAUGAGCAGUGGUGUUCUAAUGAAGUUAUGGCCUCUGUCCUAAUUAGUUUCUUAAAUACAUUUACUACUUAAUGGUUUUGAAACAACUGUUUAAUUUUUAAAAAUUUUGAGAAACUUACUGAAUAACUUUUGUUCAGAACUUAGUAGGAUUGUUUAAUGCAGGACAUCAAUAUGUGAUGGAACUUGCUUGAAAUAUUUCUGUUAUCUCGGGCAAAAUGGAUUAAAUCAAAAUACAUCAGAAUCUUAGUCCUUUGUUUUUGUCUAAACAUGUUAGUUUAGUGCUGUCUUGGUGAACUGUGAGUGGAACUGUGAUUUUUUUCUAAUCUAUAGAAUCCUUCAUGCAGCAUGAGGGCUGUUGGCAUUUUGAAAGGUUGUUAGUGGGUAGCAUACAUGUUCUCCUUUUUGUUUUUGAAACUUGUUUGUAAACAUGAAUAAAUCUGCCCUUUUGUUAAAAUAAAAUUGCA